AUGCGUUGUAGUGAUAUGUGCAAGACGUGCCUGGAUGGCUUCAGUAAUGGUCGUUGUUCUUCCUGUGACAAGCCUUAUUUCUUACGUAAGUGGUUUUUACGGAAGAGGUUAUUUCGCUGGCCUCAGAGUGACAAAACGUAACAAAGCAACGGUUUUACUAACACUAAUCCUAUUCCAAAUAGGAAUGUUCGGUAUGAGAAAUUUCCGGUAUCGGUAUACCGAAAAAAUUAUACCGAUAUUAUCGGUAUACCGGUUUUCCUUUGAUAAUUAUAAAGGGAAAUUCUGUAAUGGAAGUUUGAAGGAAAUUUUGAGUAAUUCUAAAAGGGAAAACGAUAAUUUCGAAGCUGUUUCGAACAUGUUUCGAAAGACAUGCACGUACUCUUACUGAAGUGGAAAUUCUAAAUCAUUGCAGUAGAAAGUUAUUUGAAUUGCCAUUCAGUAGUAAAAUAAAGGUUAUGAUUUCGCCAUAUAGUUGGUAAAUUUAACACGGUAUACCGAAAAAUUCCGGUAUAUCCGAAAUUUCGGUAUAUCGGUAUGGUUGAAUAUCCGGUAUCGAUAUACCGAUACUGAUUUAAUACCGAUAUUUUCGGUAUAUCGGUAUACCGAACAGUCCUAAUUCCAAACCGUAAUCCUAACCCUAACCUAACCCUGCUCCAAGUUUGUUUCUAAACCAAUCUUGAAGAUAAUAUUUUUGACGAAAUGUCAUUCUGAGGUCAGCGAAAUAACUUCUUCCGCGGGGGAAAGGGGGAGGAGGAUGCUGGGAGGAAGGGAGAAAGAAAUAGGGGGAAAGAGGGAGGGGGAGGAAAAGGAGAAGGAAGGGGUAGAGGAAAGAGGAGGGAAGCAAGAGGGGAAGGGACAGGUUGGUGGGGUGAAAGGUCGGAGGGAAAAGAGGAAAGAAUGAAGGAAAGGUCUAAAGAAAAAAGGAGGGAGGAGGGGGAAUGGUGGAAGGCUGGAAUUAAAGGACGAAAGAAUACAUCCUUUUUUGUACUUGUCUUUAAAUUGAGCUCAUGUAUGACAUCUGAAAGAUCACUUGAAACCAACUGCUUCUCAGUGAGUGGAAUAAUAGGGCCAUUUAUACGGGACAAAAUAAGACGCGACUUACAUAAGACGCGACUUAAAUAAGACGCGAGUUUGUCGUAUAAAAGGUACAGAAUUCUUAUGUAAGACGCGUCUUGGAUAAGACGCGUCUUACAUAAGAACAGGACUUUUAGCUGUUCUUAUUUAAGUCGCGUCUUAAAUAAGAAAUUUUAGACAAAAAUUCUAACUACACAUGCCCGAAACUUGAAACAACGUAAAAUUAUUAGCCUUGCAUAUUAAAACAAAAACAACCGAAACAACAUUACAGCUAUAGCGAGUAAAGAAGAAUAAAGCCGUAGAGAACCAUUUAUGCCGAUAACUCCGCUUAUAUAAGACUUAUGUAAGUCGCGACUUAUUUUGUCCCGUAUAAAUGGCCCUAUUGAGUGUCUUUCAUGACAAGCAAAUUUUUGCUGUUGAUCUCAAUGAGUGUAUAAUUGCUGCAUUGUUAAGAGGCAAUUUUUUUCAAUGUCACGUAUUUGCAAUGAAAAGUGUUCAAAACCUAAAAUCCUUUUGGCGUUCCUCUCAAAAUUGCUUUGUUUUAGCUUUAUUCUCUAGUUUAUACAGUUAGCUACCUUUUUAAAUGCGUCUGCCGGUUGAGAAACAUAAAAUAAUAGUUAAAAAUUGUCAAUUAAAAUACAAUUAUGAAUGAUGCUUUAAAAUUGACGCCAUAUUUGCAGCCAUAUACUCUAAGCAAAACGUACUGAACUUCAGACAUCAUUUUCUCUUUGGCGUACCAUCUAAAAUCUCUUCGUUUUAGCAUUAUUUUACAGAUAAAGCACUAAAUAUACUUUUUAAGUUUGUUUGCCGAUUGAGAAACGUUUCGAAAAAUAAAAAUUUUGAAUUUAGUCAUAACCUCAAGUGAUAUAUUAUACGCAUUAGUUUUGAGCGCGUGUUACGUAACAUAAAAAAAACUCUUAAAUCUUCCUUCAUAACUUUAUCUUCAACUUUUUAGGCGGCUCUACAUGCGUGGAAACAUGUUACCCUGACCAUACCCUGGAAGACCUUAUGGGCGGAGAAACACCCUCUGGAAAUAUACGUUUAGUGAACGGUUCCAACGAUCGAGAAGGAUUCAUUCAAAUGAGGACAAAGAGUCAGAAUAAUUACAAAUGGGGAAUAAUAUGUAAUACAAAUCAAGUUAUCACUACUCUGGUUUGUCAAGAGCUGGGCUUUCAAAGUGGUAGUCUUGUACGAUAUAACCGCCUUUACUGUAAGUUGAGACGCAUUCAAUACACCCUUCCAGAAAGUGCUCGUGGCUUUUAUUUAGAGGCUUUUACCUUGUUACAGGUGACACAUUUGCGAAAUCAUAAAGUUAUAUCAGUGAAUAUAAAAGACUUGUUUAUAAUUACGUCAUCAGAACCAAGAUAAAGGGCUCUCGGUCACGGAAACGAGGCUUUGCGGAAGGGUUUAUUUUUUAAUGCCACCAGCUUUACCCCUAUGUGUUCCACGAAGGUUGUCCCUGUUAACCAUUUAUGCCUCGUCAGAAUACCCUCCCGUUAACUGUUCACUAAUUGUCUGAUAUUUUCUAGCUUUCGCCCGUGUUCCAAUAUUUCAAGUAUCUUGUAACGGCUAUGAGAAAUAUUUGACAGACUGUAAUCUGCAUUCAGCAUACUAUUGCGCAAGGCCUUUCAUAGCAUGUUCUAACAAACCGCUGGACAAGCGAGUCUGCCGUAAAGAGAAUACAAUCCCAUGUGCCAGCGGAGUUUGUUUCAGUUACCCUUCGGUUUCAUGCGCUAAUGGUGAUGGCAAAGUCGUUCCGAAAGGGCGUUCGUAUUGUAAACAUUGCCCCCCCAAUUAUUACGGCGAUGGAGUUAACUGCCAAGGUAUGAGCCUGUGGGGUAUUGGUGGGGAGGGGAGGCGGGCGGCAGCCAGUAUAGACCGAUUCUAUUGUGAUCAAACACCCCAAGGUUUCCCCUAGUGCUCCGGUUUGCUCCCGUGGUGACACUGGAGCAAUCAGAGCUGUCCUGCAUAAAUAAGGUGUACGUUUCCUCUUGCAUUAAUACUGGAUCAAUAAGAGAUGACACGUACUGGAUUUCUAGAGAAAACAGUUUAGAACUGAUAGAGCUAUCCAGUAUAAAUGAAGUUAGUUUAGUUUAGGUUUCCUCCUGUAGUAACACUGGAUCAAUAAGAGAUGAUCCUUACUGGACCUCUAGGAAGAACAGUUUAGAACUGAUAGAGCUAUCCAGUAUAAACUAUAAAUGAAGUUAGUUUAGUUUAGGUUUCCUCCUGUAGUAAUACUAGAUAAAUUAGAGAUGAUACUUACUGGACGGAGAACAAUUUGGAACUGAUAGAGCUAUCCAGUAUAAAUAAUCUUAGUUUUGUUUAGGUUUCCUCCUGUAGUAAUACUAGAUAAAUUAGAGAUGAUACUUACUGGACGGAGAACAAUUUGGAACUGAUAGAGCUAUCCAGUAUAAAUAAAGUUAGUUUAGUUUAGGUUUCCUCCUGCAGUAACACUGGAUCAAUAAGAGAUGAUCCUUACUGGACCUCUAGAGAGAACAGUUUAGAACGGAUAGAGCUAUCCAGUAUAAAUGAAGUUAGUUUAGUUUAGGUUUCCUCCUGUAGUAGUACUAGAUAAAUUAGAGAUGACACUUACUGGAUGGAGAACAGUUUGGAACUGGUAGAGCUAUCUAGUGUCAAUAAAGUAGUUUUCUAUGUACGUUUGCAUGGCGAUAAAACAUAUAAUAGUUGUGUUUGUGGAAACACCACGUAAGCCCGUAAGCCGUACGAUCCGUAAGCCCGGAUAUUCAUCAGUGCUAAUAAUAUGAUCGAAAGCUUUGCAGUAAUAAAUUUACGUGGUGUUUCCACAAACAAAAUUAUUAUAAAGUAAUUUUCAUUAAUUUUUUGUGUUUUUAGCCAUCUCUAAAGUUGCACCGUCUGUUCGACAAACCUACAUUGAGCAUCAACUGAGGCUUCGGGCUACCUACUAUUUUCCAUGUUUUGGACGUUCUGGAACGCUUUAUAUCUAUCCGAAUCGUAAGAGCUGGUUUAAAGAUGAGAAAAAUGUGGACGUGUCCAGCGGUCGCUUCCGUUUAGGACCUGUACAGUAUGAAGAUGCUGGCAUCUAUAAAUGUCUCCUGGGAAAUUCUAUGGGCUCUGUUACUAUCACUUUUAAUAUCACUAUCGUAG